AUGCCCUUUCGCUCAUGCAGAGAAAAGGCACGUCGCCGUGACCCUCGCAGGUACAAUUAUGCCGCCAUUACAUGCCCUAGUUACAAAACUGGGGAGUGCGAGCGAGAACAAGAGCUCCGGCGAGAGCAACCAUCUGGAGGAGAUCUCACCAGAUAUCACGACUGGUCAUUUGGUGAAAUUAGGGUUCUGGCGUAUGCAUUGGCGCAAGGUCCAGCCACCCACCAAGAAGCCAUUGUCGAAAGUUCUGGAGUGCUGCACAGCUUGGAGAUGCUGAACAUUAGGGAUGGAGAGUAUGAAAUUCCAAGAACUUUGCAGGGAGGAAGGAAGUUCGGAUGA